AGAAGCGAGCUGCGAGCGCCCUGCUCCAGUCCGGCUGGGAACUGAAGUGCGCGAGCGCCGGUCCCGGAACCCCGACCUCCGGGGCGGCCUGAGGGGUCCGAGGUCCGGGCGCCGCUCAGCCUCGGAGGCCCUGGCUCUGGACCGAGCCGGCUGGAGAGCGAGCCGAGGCACGGAGCGCACAAUCAGCCACCCUGCUGGCCCGGCGCUGCGCCCGGGAGUCCGGAGUGGGGCCGCGGAAGGCAGCGAGACGCCGAGCCGGGGGCAGAGGGCAGAGUGCGCAGCGGCCUGGCUCCUCGGAGCGCGCCGCCCGGCCCGGCCCGGCCCCAGCUUAGUGGGCAGCGCUGGGCAGCCGGCAGCAGGUCCAGAGCUCCUCCGGCCCUCGGCGGGGGGCGUGCCUCCGUCCCGCUGCGCGGUCCGGGCCCGCUGCCCACCGCGCCUCCCGGGCAUGUGAGCUGGAAGGCCAGCCUGCCGUCUACCCGGACGCACCGAGCAGGAGCGGGAGCGCGGAGCGGCGACCCCGGGCCAGCGCCUGGCCGAACAGAUGUCCAUGCGGAGUCCUGUCUCUGUGCAGCUGGCCCCAGAUAGUGCCGGCACCAUGGUGAACUGUACUAUUAAGUCUGAAGAGAAGAAGGAGCCUUGCCAUGAGGCCCCCCAAGGCACAGCCACUACAGUGGAGCCCCAGCCUGGAGACCCAGCCCGGGACCCUCAAGAUGCCGCUAACCCCCAAGCUCCUGCUCAGGACUGUGCCUCUCCAGAGAGCAGCGGGUCCCCAGAUCCCAAGAGACCAGCAGCCUCUGAAGCAGCUUCAGGAAGCCAGGAGCGGUUGGAUUUCAAUCGCAACUUACAGGAAGUCGUGCCAGCCAUUGAGAAGCUGCUGUCCAGUGACUGGAAGGAUAGAUUUCUGGGAAGGAGCUCUGUGGAAACCAAAGAUGUCAAAGGGACCCAAGAGAGCCUGGCUGAGAAGGAGCUGCAGCUUCUGGUCAUGAUCCACCAACUGUCUGCCCUUCGGGACCAGCUCCUGACAGCCCACUCCGAGCAGAAGAACAUGGCUGCCAUGUUGUUUGAGAAGCAGCAGCAGCAGAUGGAGCUGGCUCGGCAGCAACAGGAGCAGAUCGCCAAGCAGCAGCAACAGCUGAUUCAGCAGCAGCACAAGAUCAACCUUCUCCAGCAGCAGAUCCAGCAGGUUAACAUGCCUUAUGUCAUGAUCCCAGCUUUUCCCCCAAGCCACCAGCCUCUGCCUGUCACCCCUGACUCCCAGCUGGCUCUGCCCAUUCAGCCCAUCCCUUGUAAACCAGUGGAGUACCCGCUGCAGCUGCUGCACAGCCCCCCUGCCCCUGUGGUGAAGAGGCCUGGGGCUGUGGCCGCCCAUCACCCCCUACAGGAGCCCUCCCAGCCCCUGAACCUCACAGCGAAGCCCAAGGUGCCUGAGCUGCCGAACACUUCCAGCUCCCCAAGCCUGAAGGUGAACAACUGUGGACCCCGCCCCUCCAGCCAUGGGGCUCCCACAAGGGACCUGCAGUCCAGCCCUCCCAGCCUGCCUCUGGGCUUCCUUGGUGAAGGGGAUGCGGUCACUAAAGCCAUCCAGGAUGCUCGGCAGCUGCUGCACAGCCACAGUGGGGCCUUGGAAAACUCCCCCAACACCCCAUUCCGCAAGGACAUCAUCAGCUUGGACUCAUCCCCAGCCAAGGAACGGCUAGAGGAAAGCUGUGUGCAUCCCUUGGAGGAAGCCAUGUUGAGCUGUGACAUGGAUGGAUCCCGCCAUUUCUCUGAGUCCCGGAACAGCAGCCACAUCAAGAGACCCAUGAAUGCCUUCAUGGUGUGGGCCAAGGAUGAACGGAGGAAGAUCCUCCAAGCCUUCCCAGACAUGCACAACUCCAGCAUCAGCAAGAUACUUGGCUCUCGCUGGAAGUCUAUGACCAAUCAGGAGAAGCAGCCGUACUAUGAGGAGCAGGCACGUCUGAGCCGGCAGCACCUGGAGAAGUAUCCUGACUACAAAUACAAGCCAAGGCCCAAGCGCACCUGUGUUGUGGAGGGCCGGAGGUUGCGUGUGGGCGAGUACAAGGCCCUGAUGAGGACACGGCGCCAGGGUGCUCGCCAGAGCUACGCCAUCCCCCUGCAGGCUGGCCAGGCGCAGGUGAGCUCCUCAGACGUCUUGUUCCCUCGGGCAUCAGGCAUGCCCCUGGCACAGCCACUGGUGGAGCACUGUGUCCCCCAGGGCCUGGACCCCAACAUGCCUGUCAUCGUCAACACCUGCAGCCUCCGGGAGGAGGGGGAGGGAACAGAUGACAGGCACUCGGUGGCCGAUGGAGAGAUGUACCGGUACAGUGAGGAUGAGGACUCAGAGGGCGAAGAGAAGAGUGAUGGGGAGUUGGUGGUACUCACAGACUGAUCCCAGCCGGCUGGGUCUGGCCUGUCUCCACCAGGGAAGACCUUGUUCUCAAUCCAAUGAGCACAGCCAGCCAUCCUGGACUAUGUUGGUACUUGGACUUGGGCGUGCCCAGGCGAUGGGUGAAGCUGUGCACUUGUAGAUACAUU